AGCUUUGGCUAAUCGCCCCCACACGCGCGCGCCCCCGCCCGCGCCGAAGCCACAAGAAACGUGUUUGCAUGCAAGGCCAGGCCAGGCCAAGCGAGGCCGCGCGCGCGCAUCAGCUCGCGACGCGAGCCACCUGUGCCGCUGUGCGCGCGCGCCGCCUGGCGCCACGCACGCCAUGCACGCGCGCGUGGGGUGGAAGGGUGAACUGGAGAGGAGAGCGGCGUCGCACUCGUGAAAACCGAAACGGAGACGAGACGGGACGUACGGCUUGGCUUUGCCUACUACUGCUGCUGCUGCUCUGCUCUCUCCUCUCUCUCGUGAGCAAGCGUAGUAGCCUCGCUCUCUCUCGCAGCCGCGCGCUUGGUGGGAGGGGGGGAUUGGGGAUGAUGGGGAGCGAGUCGGGGAGGGCGGUGGCGGCGAUGGUGUCGCUGCAGCUGCUCUUCUCGGCGCUGCAGGUCUUCAUCAAGCUGGCGCUCAACGACGGCAUGGACGCCCGCGUCCUCGUCGCCUACCGCUUCAUGUUCGCCGCCACCUUCCUCUGCCCCAUCGCCUUCCUCCGAGAGAGGAAGAAACGACCGCCUCUAACCAUGAAGGUGGUGCUGCAACUAUUCUUGUGCGGGUUGUUUGGAUUUUCUAUAAACCAGAAUCUCUAUGUGCUUGCUAUAAAGUUGACUUCAGCAACAUUUAUUACUGCUAUCAGCAACCUGACACCAGCAACCACCUUCCUUCUUGCUAUAUUGACCAGGCUCGAGACCUUAAAACUUAAGAAACCUGCUGGACAAGCAAAACUUCUAGGAACACUUGUAGGCAUGGGUGGUGCAAUGUUGCUUACAUUCUACAAGGGACCAAAGAUCAUGGUACUCGACCAACUUCCCCAUCCCAAAUUUGCCCACCUCACUGAAAAUCCCCAGUCGCACCCAAUAUCGACGGGCAAUCAAAUUAUAGGAUCGUUCCUUGGUAUAAUCAGCUGUUUCACCUACGCGACAUGGCUAGUCAUCCAGGCGAAAGUGAGCAAGGUUUACCCGUGCCACUACUCGAUCGCUGCAAUGGUGUGCCUCUUCGGCGCACUUCAGUCCACGGUAAUGGCACUUUGUGUUCACAGGGACAUGGAGCAUUGGAGGUUAGGACUUAACAUCAGGCUCUACUCAUCGGCUUACGCGGGACUCAUAGCAUCAGGCUCCGCGUUCCCUCUGCUGUCGUGGUGCCUGCGGAAGAAAGGCCCCCUGUUCAUCUCCGUGUUCAGCCCGCUGAUGCUCAUCUUCGUCGCGCUGAUGAGCUCGAUCAUUCUCAAUGAGGCGUUGCACCUCGGAAGUGUGCUUGGUUCUGUCCUGAUUGUGGGUGGCUUGUACAUGGUGCUGUGGGGCAAAGCGAAAGAGGCGGCUGAUCUGUCUGAAGAUGAAAAUCAGGGCAAGGAAUCCAUCCCUGUGACCACUGGCGGUGAGAAUGAAAUGAAGUGAAGAGAGCAUUGGGCCUACAGGUUGCUAUUUGACAGAAAUGACAGAAAGAUAUGAUUCUGAAAUUCUGAUAGAAAUAUAGAAUGUUCGGUUUGGAUCAGGCAUUGAUGUUUCUACAUCGAUUCAUCUCGUGUAUUGUGGACGCUAUCAUUUGUCUGAAUAGUCUGAUACUGUUAAUCUGUUAUUGCCGUGGAUUUGCUGCUAUUCCCAGAUUUGCCUUUUAUACCCUGUAAUCUUA